AUGGUGAGGGGUAUAAUACACAAGAGGAAGAAAGUAAUCGAGAUGGGAGAAAGUUGCUACGAUGACUUACUUGGAAUUUUGUUGGAAUCGAAUUCCAAGAAAAUCAAAGAAGGGGGAGUUGGAAUGAGUAUCGAAGAUGUGAUCGAAGAAUGCAAGCUAUUUUACAUUGCUGGAUCUGAAACAACCUCAAAUUUGAUUGUCUGGACCAUGGUUUGUUUGAGUUUGCAUCAAGAAUGGCAAAUUGAAGCUCGACAAGAGAUUUUACAAGUCUUUGGUACAGGAGAGCUGCAUUUCGAAGGCCUAAAGCAUCUCAAGGUUGUAACCAUGAUACUAAACGAGGUUCUUAGGCUAUACCCACCUGCAGUCAUGGUGAUACGAGCUACUGUCAAGGAGACAAAGCUAGGAGACAUGAUGAUACCUUCAGGUGUGCACAUAACGAUACCAAUAAUCCAUGUUCAUCAUGAUCGUGAAAUAUGGGGAGAAGAUGCAACAGAGUUCAAACCCCAAAGGUUCUUAGAAGGAGUAUUGAAUGCCACCAAAGGAAGUGGAUCGGGUUCUUUUUUACCAUUUACUGGCGGUCCUCGGAUUUGCAUAGGGCAAAACUUUGCCAUGAUUGAAGCAAAAGUAGCCAUAGCAAAACUUCUGCAAAGCUUUUCCUUCAAGCUUUCUUCAUCUUAUAUACAUUCUCCAUUCUGUGUGUUCACUAUUCCACCCCAGUUCGGAGCUCAUUUAAUUUUACAGAAAAUAUAA